AUGAAGUCGACUCACGGUUCACCUUACCAUGUACAUCCUUAUCCCUCUCCUGUCCGCCUUCAACAUGCUUUUCAAGCUCAACAGAGCCCGCAAAUGUUUUAUCCAAAGGGUCUAAAGCCUCAUAUUGAUCCAAAAGCAUUUGCUACUCCAAAUGACAGCCCAAUUCUAGGUCGAGCUCUAUGUCUUACACCAAGAGGGAGUCCAUUGCCAAAUCAGGUUUCACACUUAAAUGAAAAAUUUCAAGAUUCUCUUACAUUAAAUACUGAUACAGAUGCACUAGUUGCUAAGAUAAGUGCAAUGUUUCCAACUGUUAGUGAGACACAUAUCAAGAUAUUAUUAAAAAAGUAUUACAAUCGUGAAGCUGUAGUAAUUAGUGCACUACAAGUGGAAAAACAUCCAAUUACAACACCUGGGCCUUUAUCAAUGUCUCCCUUAACAACACGCUUACAAAAAGGAGCGCUUGGGGUCUACUCAGCAUUACAAUUAGCCAAAGGAGUAUCGGGUUCAAUGCAUAGUUCCAAUCAUUACACACCUAUGACUGGAACACCACAAGGGUCCCCAUUGUUGCUUCGGCCAGCCUCAGGUGCUUCAAGUUACUAUGGUACAACAAAAUCCAUUGAUGGACAAGCACCCAGACACCAAUCACCAAAGAUGAAACUGAAAUAUUUAAAAAGUAUAUUUCCAAAAGCUGAAGAAACCUUGAUUCUGGAUGUUUUAGCCAAUAAAGAUAACAAUAUACAGAAGGCUAGUGAAGAACUUAUUACAAUGGGAUUCAGUAAGAAAGAAACAAUUAUCAAACAGCAAAAGAAAAAAGAAAAAGAAACACCACAACCUCCAAAGAAAGUUGUGAUCAUGAAGACAAUGGAAGAGAAAAAUGAUUUAAAACUAAAACUUCAAAAGAAAUAUAAUAAAUUGGCUGAAAGAGUAGUCUCUAUUGCCUUGGAAAGUGUGGAUUUUAAUGAAGAACGAGCUGAACAGAUUUUAAAUGCUGUCGUUCAAGAAGAAGAGAUCCCUAAAGUUGUUAUAACUACGGAAAUGUCUAAUGCAAGGCGGCCAGAAAACACUGAUGUAAAAAAAGGUUUCGCGAGUCCCGUGGAGCCGUCGAGCCCGCGCGUCGCUCCCGUCCCGCGCCGCCUCAAGACAUGGACGGAACAUCUGAAGCCUAUACUGAAAACAAGUAAUAUCACCGAAACGCAGCAUAAGUCUCAAUAUUCCGUGCCCUCUAAUGGACCUAAUCCUUCGCUCCGUCAAGGACCUAAAGACACUCUACUAUUAGAGGAUUAUAUGACCUGGAAUGGUCCAAAUCCAGAACUUCGAUGUGGGCCGAUCGUAAAACCUGAAGGGGCUGAGCCACGAGGAAGUAGGGAUAAACUAUCGCUAGCCCGAGGCCCCUCAUCUCUCGCUAAGGGACCAGCAGGACUGGCAAAGGGAUCUGUAUAUCAAAAACUUAAUAAGAAAUCAGCGAAAAUAGUUGUG